UUGCCAGGUGUGAGCUUUUACGUAGAAAUUGAGUACCUUUUAGCUUCUGUGGCAGGUUGAUAUUUUUUGUAGUCUGGUUGGAGUUGGCUAUUUUGCUUACAUUAGAUCAUGCUUGGUUACAUAAAGGGAUUUACAGUGAUUCUGAUUAAGAAACACAAAAUAUUUAACUGCUGCUUUUCUUUUACUGUUGAAAAUUUGGCUGUUUUAAGCUUCCUUAAAUGGCAAUUUGGGGUGAAUUUUUCAUGCAGAUAUGGCAACCUGGAUAAAGGAGUCAAUCUGACUCAUACCUACAAAGCAGUGAGUGGAGAGAACUGCUUUGCUUUCUGUACCUUCAUCUGGAAGUGAAUUCAUGGUUUUCUUUAUUCUUCUUUUACUUUUAAUGAUCUGUGAAAUUUGUUAGAAUUGAAGAGUUCCAGACAUGGAGGCCAAAGAGGAGAUCAGUGACACAGACAGUGGGAUUAUUCUGAAUUCCGGACUAGAUAGUCCUAUUAUUGAAAACAAGGAUGUGAGUACACACACUCGGGCUGUAAAGUUAAAAAGGCAGUCAUUACAGGACAGACUUGAGCUGUGUAUUCUAGAGCUGAAGAAACUCUGUAUUAGAGAGGCUGAGCUCACUGGACAUUUGUGCUCAAACUACCCUCUGUUACCUGGAGAGAAACCUCCACAGAUACGCAAACGCAUUGGGGCUGCUUUUAAGUUGGAUGAGCAUAGCAUCCUGCACAGCAAUGAGGACUCAGAGCUAUGCUCAGUGGAGGCUAAACUGGCACUGCAGCAACAGAUCUACAUAGCAGCACACAGGCUGUGCCAUGAAGAGCACCUGAGCAAAGCAGUAAAGAAAAGCAGAGUACAACAGUGCAAGCAUGAGGAGCAGAAACUUAAGGAGCUCCAAGAUUCCAUAUUCCAACUACGUCUCAAACACAGCCACUCCUCACCACUACCUAGUAUAACCACACAAAAACAUAAGGACUCUUUCUGUCAGUAUCAUGGCUUUUCAGAUAACAGUUCACUGUCAGAUUCUGCAGUGUUAGACGAAGAAGAACUGAUGAGCCAGUCAUCCAUGACUUCAUCUAAACCCCCCUCUAUUACAGAGUUUUAUUCAGUGGCCCAAGGCCCUUCCCGUCUUUAUUUAAAUUCAUUUGGUCCCCUGUUUCAUCCCUCUGACCCAAGUUCCAGCCAACGUCAACCACCUCUCCAGAAUUUGGACCAUUGUCACAGCCCCUUGCUGGAGUAUGACCCUGCUCCCAUCCAGAAUUCCCCUUGGAAGGAGUCGAGUCUUGAUCAGCCUUACCAGAAGCAGAAGUCUUCUCACUCCAGUAGUACUAGCUCCAGAGUUCCCAUUAGUGAUCCAACAAAUGCAGAGAGAGAAAGAGGCCGGUCACCUGGUCCCCGAAGACUGACCAAUAUUAUUUUGACGGAAUCAGAAUACUCUCCUAAAACAUUGCCGAUGGGAAGCCAACUACAACACUCCAGUGCAGAGGACAGUAACUAUGAGCACUCGUUGACUCCAAUCUACACUGGCUUACCAUGCCAGGAGCUGUUAGAUGAACCAGAGCAACUAUGCCAUACCCAGCACAGAUACCACUACCCUAAUCACAUCUCACUGUCUUAUGUAACUCAUACCUACUCAAAAAACCCCUUAGCUCAGAUUUCCCCGAGGCUCUACAGAGCACAUAUAGAUGAAGGAAGAGGCUAUGAUAUGGAAUGGAGUAGAAUGGAUCUCAGACGACAGCCUUCUCCUUGCCCCAGUGUUCACUAUGAGCAUUGGUACAAUGAGGUGCCACUAUAUCAGCAACAGGACAGACUGAUCCCCUGCCACCUGAAGCUAUCUCGUGCCCCAUCCUUCAAAGAGUACCCCCGACACCCAGGCAAAGCUCUUCCACGACAGGUGGUCACAGACGAACUGAAGUCAUGGCAUCAGCGCUGCCAGCUGCGGCCACAGUCUUUAGACAGACAAUGUGCUGUGCGCAUUCGGAACCUGCCCUUACAUGACUCACCACUCUCUCAUCAGCAGGCCAAUCAUGAUCAGGUAUCCCAAAGCACUGCAGAGAGAAAAGCAGUGAAAUGGUAUGAAGAAAAAGAGAUUGUCAGCCAAGUUUAGCAAAAGGUUAUAUAGUCAUACAGUCAUAUUUGUUUUAAUUUAUUGACCUAAAAUGUCAGUGGUUGUAUAUGUAGUUUGGUUGAGUUUCUAUAUUUUAAAAUCUGUAAAAACAAAUAUUUUUUAUUUCUUUUUGAACUUCUGUGAAAAAUGUUGGUAAUAGAAUGUUGUUUCCAAUUUGCCAUUUUAACAAUUUAGCAAACUGAUUUGAUACGGAGUAGUUUUUAUGAAUUAUAUUUUUCUUUGUCAGUCUGUGUUGCUACUGAUGCAAAUAAAAUGGAAAGGACAGUCCUUGAAGGCUUAAAAUCUCA